AUGCACGGCAAGCAUGGUACUCCUGGGGCACCAGGCCGCGACGGACGUGACGGACGUGAUGGCCGUGAUGGAGCUAAAGGUAAUCAAGGAUUGCAGGGGAAGACUGGACCUCAGGGACCUCCUGGUGAUAAGGGACCUGCCGGUGUAAAGGGAGAGGAAGGGGCUAAAGGAGAAACUGGAGCCCAGGGUCCUCCCGGUCAAAAAUGGGAACUUAGCCCGAUGCUGUUUAAGAAUUGGAAAGAAUGCGUCUGGAAAAACUUGAAUGAUGGAAAGGACAAUGGUCUGAUCAAGGUGAGUCGCGCAUUUGCGAUUGAUGGGCAUAAAAUUAUCAAAUUUACACACAACAUAAAGCAUGCAGCAGCCAUUUUCUAAAAGGCCCUCUGCUUGCCCAGUGCAGAUAUUAACAGACAUCUCAGGCUUCUGCAUGCUCUAUUAUAAAACGACUUCCUCUAUAUAGCGGCCUAGUUACACAUGUAGGCUUGUAUGAAUUCUGUCAGCAGAAUUUCGAGGGCAUAAGGCAGGACUUUUUUCAGCAUUGUCAUUGGUAUUCACUAUUGGUAAUUAUCAAAACCUGAGGAAAAAAAAACCGUGAAAAUGAAAAUAGUAAUUACUAAGUAAGAUCGGCAUACAAUUAUCAAAUUUACACACAACAUAGAGCAUGCAGUAGCCAUUUUUCAAAAGGCCUUUUGCUUGCCUAUUGCAAACACCAACAAACAGCUAUUGGCUUCUGGCAUGCUCCCUCGUAAAAGGACAUCCUCUUCAUUGGGGCCUAGUUACACACGUAGGUUUGUAUAAAUUCUGUCAGCAGAAUUUCGAGCGCAUAAGGUACUCUUUCCAGCACUGUCAAUGGCUGGUUAUUAUCAAAACUUGAAAAAAAAAAACUUUCAUAGUAAUUGCAAAAUUAAGAAAAUAAGAAAGAAUAAGAAAAUACCGUUUCAACUAAUUCUAGCAAACUCCGGCGAUGAAUAUCCUGCGUGGCAGAUGUUUGAAAGGGAGGGGAGCGGGAUUCCGGGCGCGCGACAAGCGCGAAAGUCAAUCCCUCGCACCCAGUCUCGCGCCGAAUUUCCCUUCCCCUUCUCUUACGAACGCCUGUCGCCCAUGCUAUGCAAUGAGAUACAAUUUCGCCAUGCCUCAAUGAGAGCUAUGUAUGUCCUUGUUUUCUGCCAUAUUUUUAAAAUUCAAAAUGCCCGAAGGCCUGAAAUUUUUUUCCCGGAAUCCAGUACAAUUUCGCUACUUACUUAUGUGGGGCAUAAGACUGCAAAGAUCCAACGCUGUCCGGGCCUAAUUGCUCGCCUCUACCAAUUCCUUAUUUAAGGUUCUUCUUCAGGUCGUAUUUCGGUCUGCACGGUUGUUUUUCUCCAGUUUGUUGCCCCCCUCCCCCUCCCCUUGGGGUUGGGUGUAGGAUUAACUACUCCUCACCUUAAAAUAAGAUGUAAUUGCUGAAACUAUGGCGACAAUCAGAAGUUAGGUGUCUGAGCAGAAUUAGCAAAGUGAAGCAAUUUUUGCGAGCACUGCCGAAAGGCAGAAUAAACUAUUUAACGUUCAAGCAGAUUUUAUACUUAGCCUAGCCAAAAUUGUCAGUAAAUCACUUCGGACACUUUACUAAGUGGCCUCCUGUUCAUUGUCCGUAGAGGGUUACUUAUUAGUUCUACCGUAUAUAGCUGUUCAGCAACUGCGGCGGACUGGCUCUGCAAACAAAGAGGUACUUGGGCUUACACGUUAAAAGCUAGUGUCUGGUCAAGGAGCAUUUAGUCUCUUUCUGUGUAGUUAAUUGUGCUAUUAUUCAUACAGUAAAUAGCCUGUUCAGUCCAGGCGUUCAGAUAGUGGAGUGCGGCGCGAUGUAAGAAAGCGAGAAAGAUAUGCAGGAAGAGAGGGAUUCUCUCCUUCUCUCUCACCCCCUACCCCACUCCCCCGCUGUUGUUCCUGCUCACUUCUCUCGCGCGGCAGUCCCCACCAUCUAAACGCCUGGAACAGGCUAUAUUGCAAGUAACUUUAGGGCUGUGAUAUCAACAAGUUCAAGACUGGGUGAGGCCAAGUUUUUUUUUGCAAACUUCAAUUUAGCGAAAAACUACGCUUGUAAAGUUUUUAAGAAUGUUACGAUUUUCUUCAGUGUUUCGGGUAAAGCUUUGGGGCUUCGGCAUAACAGAAGCGUGCUUGUGGGUGUGAUUACUGAACAGCUCUGAACAAAUCUCGUGACCUUCUUGGAAAUGAUUUCUUGCUUUGGUUCUACAAAAAAUGUAGGGUUAACGUGAAACGGUUUCUCUGGCCUGUAUCUCAUAGUAAGACUCUCAGCCUAGUCUCUGCUAUUAACAAGGACGUUUCAUCUCCUAGUUAACUCUGAAGACUUACAUAACAUAAGAUAAAACUUUAUUUAUACUCGAAUUUUAGAGUAGCUAACAAGCCAAUAUCUUCGAGCUGACACUACAUCAAAAUAAUAUAGAAAUAUAUAUAUUUAGUAUAUACUAAAACAGUGGAUAGUGUUUUUCGCGCGCUCACUGAUUCACCUCCAGUUCUUCCGAGCGAGCGAGCGUUGCCAAACUCGCGUAGGUUGCGAGCAAAAUGCCUUCCCGUUUGCUGCCGUAACAAACUAACAAAUUUCACAACUAAUCAAGCAAGCUAUUUCCGAAAUACAUGAAGAAGGUGACGAAGUUCGGUUUGGAAGUUUUAACAGGUAAAGCUUUGUCUUUUUUACUUGAAUUUAUCGAUAAAACUCCUUUUGAAGAAACUUUCCCGCAAGAGCUAAACAAACGCCUUCAAAAGUUUUAUUUGUCGCUAAGAAAAAGCGACGACCUCGGCCGUUCGGUCAUCGCGCGCCAAAAUUGUAAUCGUUGGCAACAGUAAAUGAGUCAAAAAUCAUCAUUUUUGUGCUAAAUUAUCUCACUGUUUUAGUAUAUAGUAAAACAAUUAUUCACCUCAGUGUCGGUGGCUAGUAUUGGAUAUUUACCUCGCCGCUUCGCGGCCUCUGUAAAUAUCCAAUACUAGCCACCUCCACUUCGGUGAAUAAUUGUUAUAUAUAUAUAUACAUUAAAUGCAUUAUAAGAAAUAAUAAUAAAAUAAUAUUAAUAAUAAUAAGCACAUAAAAAAAGAACAUAUUAUUUACAAUUCACAAUUUUAAGUUUAAGUAUGUCGGGCAAAAAGAGUCUACAUGAAGGUAACAUCCUGUAUUUUGGUCUUAAAGUCUGCAAAAAAACUGGUACGAAAAACGGCCUGCAGUGCAUUCCACUGCUUAGCUGAAAAGUAAGAAAAGGAGUUAAGACCAUAGGUAGUUGUUUUAGGUUUACUUAGUGAAAGAAUGUAGUUACCAUGAAGAUCAUAGGAAGAGGACCGGAGUGAAAACAUAUUCUUCAUAUAAGUAAGAAAAUGAGUGAAAAACAAACUCUUAUAUAACAGAAUGAGGAAAUUUUGAAUGCGCUUGUUACACAACGAAGUAGAGCUGACUUUUGAGAGAAGAGUGUUUUAUGGAGACGAGUAAUCUCCAAGUAUAAAUGCGCCGAUCAAUUCGAAACUUUAACAUCCCAAAGCAACCCCCUUGUCACGUGAAGUUUUUAAGGCAUGCCUGGUCAGAUUCAUCUUUUCUCUUCAGCAGAGAUUCCUGCUGGGUAUCCCAUUGUCCCACGCGCGCUUCCUUUUUCUCUCUCCCCAGCUUCCCUACGAUAGAAAGAGGCCUUUGCGGAGGAGAGAGAAAUUCUCCUUACAAAUUACCCCAAGGUAGUGGUCAAAUGCCUCUCCCGAAGAGGAAAUGUUUUGCAAAUUAUAUGGUGUGUGAAUUAAUGAAAAGUAAAUGUUUCGGACGUCUUAAAGUAAGUCGGACUUAUAUCUCCCAGUGAUAAUAUACUUUGUAUUAAAAAAGGGAGGGAAAUUGGGGUCAUGGUAACAAAACUGGAUACAUGUCGCUUUUGAAGUCCUUGUCGAACAAGCCAUUCGUUUACAAAAGAUGUGUCGUAAACUUUAAAGUCUUCCAUCUAAUUAUGACAAAGAUCGCAUCUACCGAACUACGUUGUCAGACACCGGAUCUUAAAAAGAAUUUCACUUGAGGCUUGCGGUUCAAAUUCACCACCCCCAGGCACAAGUGAUGGUCAAAUUCCCGGGGUUUGCCGGGGAAUGUUAAGGUUUCGAAUUGGUCGGCACAUAAGAUUUCCAGCAACCAAUAAGCGUGACAUCUGGAAUGUCAAAGAUCUAGCUGAAAACGGUCUCUAACGCUGCAUGAAGGGUUUGGAGUGUUGGAGAGGAGGACAAGCCAUUGACGGGGUCACCGUUUCUACGAGCUGCGUUGACGGGGCCAAUUUUAAACCUAAGGGUGCUUGAUCAUGGUGGAUCUAUGCCUAGGCAGCAAAAUCUUGUAUAGCAAAUUAAGAAAUCAUAAAGUAAGCCUGACUACAGCGCUAUUGGAUUACAUUAGUCCCUUUUUCCAUAAAAGGAUAAAUUCAACCUCCCAGCUGUGGAGUCAGCCUUGUCUCUUCAUUUAUCAACUGUUUUAUUUGUCUAUCCACAACGACCACAACUACUAGGCAGUUGCUAUUAGAUCUAAGCUAGAUCUAGGGUUUGGAUGUCAUGAAACACGGAACAACGUGUUGCCGAGCCUCUUGGUUAACAGAUUUUCUGUCAAUUUUUUUGCAGGACUGUGUUUUCACCAAAAACUUUUCUGAUACUGCCCAUCAUGUUUACUGGACGGGUGCCUUGAGAAUUUCCGGCUGCAAUGCCUGCUGCAAACGUUGGUACUUUACUUUUAAUGGCGCGGAGUGUUCUGCUCCUCUGCCGAUUGACGGAAUUGUCUACAUGGAGUCAGGCGGUAAUAAAAAUCUCCAUCGCGUCCGCCAUAUUGAGGGACACUGUAAUAACAUCCACAAAGGAAAGGUGCGUGUGGGAUUCUGGAUCGGCAACUGCGCCUCACAUGGAAAUGCUGAUGGCUACACAGGAUACAUCUCAGUGUCCCGUAUAUUUGUUGAAGAAGUUCCUAAAGCUCAAGCUUAA